AUGGCUGACGUUGCAAGACCAAGGGCGCUAGGAAGCAGAUCCGUUCGCUCAAGGCAUCAAUCUGGAAACGGCCGCACCUCAGGACGACCGAGAUCAGGCCAAAAUUCUCUAUCGCCGGAAGAGAUCGGGUACGCCAUGGAUAUCGUAGUGCAGCCGCCGCGAACUGCUCGAGUUGGCCAAACAAUGCCUGGAUCGAUCGUCGUGCGAUUGAGAACUAUCAAUGCAGAUACGGAUGAGGCUGUUGCGGACUCGACCAAUCUCGUUGCUGUUGCCGCUCUGGUCCCUGGUCCAAACACACCCGCGUCGGUGGAUCCAAAUUCUCUCAAUGCGCUACUCGCCGGGCGAAUCUUCGACUCUAUUCACCCAUUCAACGACGACGAAGCUGAUGGAUCCAUUGCUUCGAUGGAUAUGGCCGACCCCCAUGGUGUAGGUUAUAUGCGCUUUCCCGAGCUCGUCAUUCGCCAGACUGGUACCUAUCGGAUACGCAUCACCCUCAUCCGUAUUCGCAAUUCUGCUUCAGAUCCGCCAGUCACGUCUGCAGGCAAUGGCUUGGCUGUACAUGUCGUCGAUAGUGACCCGAUUGUUGUCAAUGGGGGUGGGUCUUCAUCAAACACUGCUGCAUACAAUGGUAAGUAUCUAGUGGCAACCUAUUGA